AUGCCGACAAUCGAUGUAGCCAUGGCGCGCAGUGUGCCCCAGGAGAUGCUCCUGGGGCUGCAACGGAGAGACCUUCAGGCGUCAGCAAACAAUGUCAAGACGUCCUUUUCCAGUUGGGAUAAUUGUAUGAAGGCCACAUACUGCAAAUGGCCAAUAAUAGCCGCCAUCAUCGUGGGCGGUCUCAUCCUACUGUCUGUCGUCUGGUGUAUCGUCCGAUGCUGUUGCUGCGGUAUGUCAUGCUGCUGCUCCUGCUUCAACUGCCUCAAGUGCUGUGGCGAUUGCUGCGGCUGCUGCAACUCUCCCGACAAAAAACACAAACAUCUCGACGAACCCUACUUCCCGCCGGCCUUCGCCCCGCACGGCGGAUACAAGGCCCCAGACCCCAUGAUGUCUGGUGGUGGAGCUGCCGGUACCCCCUUCUCGCCCGCCCCGGCAUACGCACGCUUUGAAACUGGACCGAACGGAAUGGCUAUCGACCCCCCCAAGCCCGUCAACGACGAUGCGCUCCCCCCGAUGCCCAGCUGGGACUCAGCCGCUAAACGCCGCAUCAGCAUAGAAGAUGAGCCCAGCGCAGUUGAGCUUGGCGAACUCGACCCGGUAACCGGCCAGCGCAUGCCCGUGAUGACAGGCGCUGCAGGUGCAGGCGCAAUCUCUCGAUCCGACAGCUCAGCAAUUGCCACCGCAUCCGGAGGCGCGAGUCCCUACGGCCAUCCCAACGGCGGCGGAUACAUGUCACCCGGACCCAACGGCCGACCAAACGACCAGUUCUCGCGCAAUAAUUCGAAUGGUGGUUACGGAGGCGACCAAGGCCUCUCACCUAUCGGACCCCCCGGGCAAGCAUAUGGUGGACGCGGAUACUUUCCACAGAACCAGAACCAAUUUAUCGGCCAGGCGCAUGGGGGACCUGAUGAGCAGUACGGAAACCACGCUAUUGGGAACGCAUACAGCGACGACAGACGAUCGCCAUACCCUGGAGAUGAUCGGGGUCCGCAGGGGGGUGGCUUUGACGUAAUGCCAGCUCCUGGCUUCGGGCAACACCAACGGAAUGAUAGCGGCCAUAGCGGCCAGCGACCGUUCACUGCUGACCGCACGCACGUACCUGCUGGUCCGCUGAGUGGUGGAGGAUACAGCUGCAGCGACGAGUCGUAUGCGAAUGCGCCGAUACUAUCGAAUACGAGCGGCUACAUGCCUCGUGGUGGGAGCCCGCCACAAGGAGGCUACAGGGGCGCGCCUCCAGCGAGGGUCGAUCCAGCUGGAGGAUUUAGUGGCGGGAUGAGGAUGCCAAUGCCAAUGCCGCAGCGUGUUGAUUCGCCGCAGGGAGGCUUCAGAGGGCCGCCGCAAGGGUUUGGGGGGCCACCGCCGCAGAGAAUGGGUAGCCCUGGACCAGGACGGGGUGGGUUUGGGCAGGGUCCCGAGAGGAGAGGGAGUCCUGGGCCCGGACCAGGAGGGUUUGGACAAGGUCCCGAGAGGAGAGGGAGUCCCGGACCAGGACAAGGAGGGUUUGGACCGCCAUUACGGACUGGCACGGGAGGAAUGGGGAGCCCCGCACCACCGAGCUAUGCUAGCCGGAGUCCAGGUGGUGGGAAUGGAGGCGGUGGUGGGGGCGGUGGUGGGUAUGGGGGGGAUAGGUGGUAG